CUUAGUGGGCAUGCGCAGCUCAGUGACGUAGCGGUGUCGUCAUAGCAACAGCAGCCGUCAACAUGGCAAAAGCAACAACCAUCAGAGAAGCGCUGGUGAAAUGGGAGGAAAAGGCUGGGGAAAAGGUUGGUGAGGCCAAAGAAGUGAGGCUGUACGGUCAGAUUCCUCCUGUAGAGAAGAUGGACGCCUCCCUGUCCACGCUGAUCAACUGCGAGAAACUUUCCUUGUCAACAAACUGCAUUGAGAAAAUAGCAAACCUCAAUGGCUUGAAAAACUUGAGGAUACUAUCGCUAGGAAGAAACAACAUAAAGAAUCUUAAUGGACUCGAGGCAGUAGGGGACACAUUAGAAGAGUUGUGGAUCUCCUACAACCUGAUUGAGAAACUGAGAGGAAUCCAUGUCAUGAGGAAACUCAAGGUCCUCUACAUGUCCAACAACCUGGUGAAGGAGUGGGGGGAGUUUGUGAAGCUAGCAGACCUGCCGUGCCUGGUGGACCUGGUCUUUGUGGGAAACCCCCUGGAGGAGAAGUAUUCAGCCGAAGGGACGUGGAUGGACGAGGCCUCAAAGAGGCUCCUUAGGCUGAAGAAACUAGACGGAACCCCAGUCAUAAAAGCAGAAGACGACGAGGGAGAAGGAGAAGGUAAUGCAGCUGAAAAAUAAAAUAUGCAGUUAAACCACCAUUCCUCUUGUUCUCCCUCUCUCUUUUUUACCUUUUUUUUUAAACUGUUUUAAAACAGCAAUGAGUUGUGAUCCAGAUAAAUGCAGGCAUUGAACUGAUUGCCUAUUCUGAAUUAAUAAAGCACAUUGGUUUUAUCUGAGGCAUACACACACAGUCCUGUUCUGCCUGUUUUGAAGCACAACUGGUUUUAGGUGUAUUCACUAUUGAAUGUGGUGGUAUGGCACACGCUCCAAGCUAUAGUCCCAUGACUGAAUGCAACAAAUGUCCUCCAACGUCACUGUGAACUCAACAUAUGUGAAGCCAUGUGUACCAUAAACCUAGCAGAUAUACUCCUAUGCAGCUGAUGUACCUCUAUGUGUCACUUUACACUUAGCAGAUAUACUCCACUUGGAGUUCCUGAGCCCAUGUGGCCCUUCCUCCUUAACGUCAAUCGCCCUAACUCACACCAUUAAAAAAUAAAUUGGACAUCAUAAAACCCAAGUUGUUUACCCAACAUGGCCUCCAUUGAUGAAUGCCAAAAUCCAAAUGAAAUCGUUCUGAAAUGUUAAAAUUGUUCUGGCUUAAUUUCUGUCUUUGAUAUUGAGAAAAGUUAGACAUGUUAUAACAAUGUUUUUCUGUAAAUACGCCUGUCUUAUACGCUUUCAGAGUAUGUUUAUGGGCACUAUAUAUAUCCCAUUUAAGGGCUUAUUCCACCUGUUCUUCUGUAUCCAUACAUUUCCCUUUAUCUGAGACUUUUUAUAAUGAACAUCAUUAUAAAAAGUUGCACUUCUCUACGCGUCAUUUAUUAGUGUCAUGAUAAGUCAAUGUAUAUUUGAUGACAUGGUUCUUAACAAACAUUUUUGAAAUAAAUGAUAUCAAGCAAA